AAAGUUGAAUCACGGAGACCAACAAGUGAGGUACCCACCAGAAAAGGAAAGAGUAUGAGGUUGCUACACUAACAAAGUGACGGAUUCCUGUGACAAAUAUGAAGGUGGGUGGGAAGAGGGGAAGAGUCACAGAAGCAAAUUCCUUCUCAGUAAGUGGGUGUGGAAGUUUCAUGACUAUCUUUCUUCCUGCCAUAAAACCAAUGACAUGAAACCAGAUUUCCACAGUGACGGCAGAGCAGCUGUCCGCUGGGAUUGGUUCGUCACAGGUGGAAACACCAGAACAACAACGGAUUUUAAGGAGAAAAGAGGAUUUGAAACUUUCACAUCAGCUUCAUUUUUGAUCUUUUGAGGAUUUCUACUGACAAGUGAUUCAAGACAGUCGGUUAUCUUUCUUGCAGAAAUGCCAGAAUCAGCGGAAGCGCCCAGGGAUGAAGUGAUGCCUCUGACGGUCGUGGCUCAACGGGGGGACCAGGACAGAAGGGACGAAACCUGCAAACCUGUGGCCAGCAGAGUCCGGCGGAUGAUCUCAUAUGUGCGGAAUGAUGACAGUUACCGGGUCCUGGCCAUCUUCAGCAUCAUCUGCGGCAUUUCCUGCAUCGGAAUGAAAGCUCUGAUAAGUUCAGUUAAGGCUAAAGAAAGAAAGAAUGACAGAGAAGCUUCUGCAAGGCUUUCCAAGGAGGCUAAAAAGUUCGGCAUCAUCUCCAUCGUUACCCUGUACGCCUUUUUGAUCAGCAUUUUCUGCCUCCUGGCACUGGUCUCAUAUCUUCUCACUCUGAAAGACUGAUUCACCUGGAAGUCCAUAGUGGAGACGUUUUACUGCGAGGACGGACAAGACGACGCUGCUGGAAGUUACAUGACCUUUACAAAUGUUUAUAGUUACUUUUUUUGGAAGAAAACGCAGUCACUAAAUGCAUAGAGAACGGACCUUUGGCGGCAGAGUUCACCGUCCUGCAUUUUGCACUUCUGCACAGCGGAACCAGGUGAGCUCCAGGUGUGACGGACAGUGCGCCUCGACGACCAGGGUUGAAAAAAACUGUUUUACAGAUUCAAUGUUCAUUUAAGUGGGAAUAGGUUCGAAGCAGGACUCAAUCUGGAGACUUUUCACUUAAGCAGAAGAACAAAAAAUAUAUGAACCACUUUUAGAAGAAAUCGACCAUAAAAGACAUCAGAACCCUCCUGCUUUCAUCAUUACCAUGUUUUAUUAAAAUGUAAAAUAUCCAAUUCCACUUUAAAAUACUAUCAAAUGUGUUUACUACGUCUAAGCAUGUUGUUCAGCAAUACAGCAAUUCUUGAGUCUUUACUAGAAACGACAGCAGAGCUCUUAAAAAGUCUUAAAGUGCCGUAAUUACCUUGACAUUAUUGCAUUGUUACUAGACGUUUAUUGUCAAAUUAUAUACAGCAUUGUACUUUUAUACAAACAUACAAAAUGUAUUUUGUGAUAAAAAUGUGUAAAGAUGUUGUGCUUCGGUUUCUUCAUGCACUUCUGCUUGUCCUCCUCAACAGCGGUAACAAACAAAACCCACAAUUUAAACCUGACAAUAAUCCUUUACAUUUUGGCCAAGAAAA